AUGUCUUCAGAAUUCUUAGCCGCUGCUGAAGCCAGCCGAAAACUCCUCGCAAAACCAACCGAUGAUGAGCUCUUGACACUCUAUGCUCUGUUCAAGCAAGGAAAACAAGACCCUCCAUUUGACCAGGCUCCCGCUCCGGGAAUGUUCGACUUCAAGGGAAAAUACAAACACGGCAAGUGGAAGGAAAUCGUCGAUGAAGGAAUUUCUCCGGAGCAAGCACAAGAGAAAUAUGUUGAGCUUGUCGAGAAAUUAAAGGCGAAAUACGGUUAUGAUGAAUCCAAGGUACCAGAGCCAAUUGGUGCUCAAUAG